CGCAGAGCUAGCGGCACAGAAUUCAUAACAGUAUUGUAACAUUAGAUCUCGGAUUGUCACUACCUAUAAGAUAUAUUUCGUCAUAUAACAUUUCUACUUAUUCUUCAGCGAAGAAAUUGAAACAUGACACGUAUUACGAGAAUCUGUUCAAGGCGACCUAAGUUUAGUGAAGUGUGUGGCCUUUGUGUUUAUCACAGCGGAAGCAUUUAUAUGUGACACACCUAGUCGAUGGAGGAGUCGAUGGCAGCAGGGUAUGACACGUUUGUCGUUGGUUUUCAUCUUUUGGGACGUCUAGAAGUUACCAAAGGCAGUGAAAUCAGUUUCUUAGCUUUUCCUUCCAUUUGAACUAUAACCCCACAGAGGAAGGACUUCCUUACCGAGCAGCCAUGGCAGCACUGUCGGAGGAAGUGUUGCUCGUGGUGAAAAAGGUUCGGCAAAGGAAGCAGGACGGAACGUUGUAUUUGAUGGCAGAACGCAUCGCGUGGGGUCCAGAGGGCAAGGAUCGCUUCACUGUCAGCCACCUCUACGCAGACAUCAGAUGCCAGAAAAUCAGCCCGGAUGGGAAAGCCAAGAUCCAGCUGCAGCUGGUGCUGCACACGGGGGACAGCACCACGUUCCACUUUUCCAACGACAGCACGGCGCUCAAGGACCGCGAGGCCACCAAGGAGCUGCUGCAGCAGCUGCUGCCCAAGUUCAAGAAGAAGGCCAACAAGGAGCUGGAGGAGAAGAACAGGAUGCUGCAGGAAGACCCUGUGCUCUUCCAGCUCUACAAGGACCUGGUGGUCAGUCAGGUGAUCAGCGCAGAGGAGUUCUGGGCCAAUCGGAUGAGCAUGCCCUCGGUGGCCGGAAACCUGUCUAACAACAAGCAGGAAGUGGGCAUUUCCGCUGCCUUCCUGGCGGACAUUAGGCCACAGACAGACGGCUGCAACGGCUUGAGGUACAACCUGACCGCUGACAUCAUCGAGUCCGUCUUCAGAACCUACCCUGCAGUCAAACAGAAGUAUGCCGAGAACGUGCCCCAUAACCUGACGGAGAAGGAGUUCUGGACGCGCUUCUUCCAGUCGCACUACUUCCACAGGGAUCGCAUCAACACAGGCCUGCAGGACAUCUUCUCCGAGUGUGCCAAACAGGACGAGAAAGGUUUAAAAUCCAUGGUAGUUCAAGGAGUCAAGAAUCCAAUGGUGGACCUUCUGUCCAUGGAAGACAAGAAUUUAGAUGAGGGCUACGGCAGCAAAGUGACUCCCUCCACCUCCAACACUAAGCCCACGGUGAAGGAGAACAGCAACUCCGCCAUCAUCAAGAGAUUCAACCAUCACAGCUCCAUGGUGCUCGCCGCCGGGAUGAGGAAAGGCUCCAAGUUGCAGGCUGCUGGGGUGAGGAAAGGGGAUGGUGCGAACGGUGACCUGGCCAGUGAAACCAGUAGUACUGAUGGGAACUCUAGGGACUCGGACUUCUUCCAGCCUCCCGUUAAAAAGGUGAAGCUGCAAGAGGCUAUCGAGUAUGAAGACCUACAGAAUGGCACUGGACUCAGAACUGUCGCCCUCAACCUGAAGAAGUCUGACAGGUAUGCCCAUGGUCCAGUGCCUCUGCAGUCUCAACAGUACACCACCACCCAGGACAUCAUCACAGCACUCACCUGUAUCCAGUACGAGAUGGCCUCAUACAAACCCUGCCUUACACAGGUGAUGUCCAGUAGUGCAGCCAGCUCUGCCAUCGCUGCCCUGUCACCAGGAGGAGUUCUGAUGCAAACCUCGGCCCAGCAGACCAUGAACCAGCUGGUGCCAAGUGAUAUCCAGGGGGAGCUGAAGCAGUUGUACACGGCAGUGGGGGAGCUCCUCCGGCACUUCUGGGCCUGCUUUCCCGUCAACUCGCCCUUCUUAGAAGAGAAGGUGGUGAAGAUGAGCUCUAACCUGGAGAGGUUUCAGAUGGCCAAGCUGCGUCCCUUUCAGGAGAAAGUCCAACGGCAGUACUUAAGCACUAACAUCACGGCUCACCUGGACGAGAUGCUGCAGGCGGCCUACAACAAGUUCCACGCCUGGCAGACGCGCCGCAUGAUGAGGAAAACUUGAAGGAGGAAACUCUCUCUUUUUACAUGUGGAUUACUUCAUGUACACGUUGUAAACAACAUCGCAGGGGAAGGACUUGAAUGGAACGAUGCUAGAUCGGACGGAUAGGUGGAUGAAGAAGUGAAAAGAGAAAAGAAGAGUUUGAGGGAGUUUGAAAAAAGUGAAAGACUGGAUUAGGGAAGGGGGAAGUCUCUUCCCUAGCUGAGGCCUUCCAGCCUGCUGUGGCAGGACGUCUGACGAUGGCAUCCCCUUUAGAAGAACUCUGGGGGGGGGGGGCACAGGAUAUGGACGCCUGGGGGGCCAUGUGGUGUGGGAAGUCCCAUGCCGGCACUUUGCAAAAGAGGAACUUUUUGGUGGCCGACCAUGCACAAGUGUACUUCACUUCACUUCAGUUAUGUUUGUUCCUCUUUUUUCCCCCUCCCUUCCCCUCCCCUCCUCCAUUAGAGAAAUAAAGAAGUUGUUUGAAUGGCACCUGGUCAAAGUCAAAGACCUGCCUGCCUGCCAUCUGCCAGUGUUGUACUACGACCAAACGUUGUAUUUUUUAAAAGUUUAUUUCUGAAAUUCGUGAGUGGGCUCUCAGGAAUUCAAGGACAUUUUGCAAUGCAAAAAGAAAAAGACUAAAGAGAGGACUGUGUAUGGAUGGAGCAUAGCAAUAUGAUGCUCAAUGACAGAGGUCUAACUUAAAAACAAACCAACAAAGACACUGGAUGUGGAUUAUCAAUGCAAAACAGUGUAGUCUCUAAUAAUAGUAUUCCAUGGAUCGUGGAACUCUCCUUUCUCUCUCCUCUCUCUCCCACAAGCUUGGGAUGUGGUGUGGGGAGUGGGUAUUAGCAAUACCAAAUUUAAUACGUCAGUAUCUGUGUGGUGUGGCUGAACUCGGUCUGUCCACUGCAACGGUUUCUUUUUAUUUCUUUCAUUUUUUUUGUUUUCUUAAUAAUCUCUGCACAUUCUAGCUGCACUGAGGAACUUCUUGAAGUUGCUGAAAGAGGAAAUGAUAAUAAAGUAUCAAUAGCUGUC